CUGUGGAGCUUCACUCUGGAGGUGGAAAGUUGAGUCACAGGGCCGGCUAACGUGGCGAUUAGGGACAACUCCGCCCCCUCAACCCCCUGUAUUUACCAACAUCAGGCGUCUGUGCGCAACGCUGAACCGUCGUGGCACACGGAGCCUUUGAAGAACAGAAGGAAAUCUUCCCUCUACCUCGACUAAAUCAAUGCCAAGAACAACAACAACAACAACAACAACACAAGCGCCAACAGCUGCGGAUCGCUGCUCGGGAGUGGAGACGAACACGUAGACGAAAACAACAACAACACAAGAGAAAAAAACCGCACGAAUCGUCGUCCGACCGUCGCCUUCUUCUUCUCAAUGCAUACUCUUUGUGCCCGAGGAACCAUGAAGCCAGAGAUCACCGCCGCCGUGGGAUUUCUCACGAGAUUUCUGCGGGUGAAAGGACACGUAAACGAUCGGCAGGUCCAGACAUUCACCCAAAGCUUACAGGACAUUUUGUCAGAGCAAUACAAGCACCACUGGUUCCCAGACAGGCCCUGCAAGGGCUCCGGCUACCGCUGCAUCCGCAUCAACCACAAGAUGGACCCGCUGGUGGGGCAGGCGGGCCAGCGCAUCGGCCUGACCAUCCAGCAACUGUACCUGCUGCUGCCCAGCGAGCUCACGCUCUGGGUGGACCCCUUCGAGGUGUCGUACCGCAUCGGCGAGGACGGCUCCAUCUGCGUCCUGUACGAGUCCAAGCCCGGCCCCGUGGGAAUGUCGAUGGGCCCCGCGGCCCACGGCGGCUACGGCUCCUCCUCCUCGGGGAGCGGGGGCGCGUCGAUGAACCCCAUGAUGGACAGUCACAUCAGCUGCAAGGAGGAACUGAUGGGGCUGGCCAGAACCAGUCCCUCCAAAGCCUACAACAUGAUGACAGUGUCCGGUUAAAACCCCCCCCGUCCCCCCCCAGCCUACGUGUUUUUGUUCAGGGUUCACGCCGCGCACUGGUCGGAUCACUCGACCAGCUUAGGGCGAGCCUUUUUUAAAAAAGCUAAGAAUAUGAAAUAGUGAAAGAAGAGAAAAGAAAACAAGAGAAAAUAAAAAAAAAAAGAAGCAGAGGAUGUGGCCUAACAGCCAGGUGAUGGAAACCUUGAAGGUUUGAUAUCUUUUAACCCCCGCCCACUCCUCCUCCUCCCAUCUGUCGUGUCAUUGGAUCAGAGCUGGGCACUCCUGGUUUUUAUUUUUUUUUAUUUUUUUUAGGAGCGGUUUUGUGGAAAUGGAACUGUCGGGGCAGCUAAAAACAAAUCGACCAUUCAAAACAGGAACCCAGACGGAGACUGGCUCCUCCCCCUUCCACUCGAAAGUGGCUCCACCUCUGAGGGGGGCGGGGUGUCGUUGACUUUGCACUUUUCUUACUCGUGGUUACUCUGGGUACACACACACCUAAAUUAUACGGAUUACUAAAAAUCUCCUUUGACAAUUUGUUGUUUUUUUUGGAGGAGGUGAAGUUCAGAGUUCAAGGUAAAGUAACGCCCCCCCCCACCCCCUCAAAAAAAAACAAACAAACAAGACAACAUCUCUAUUUUCUAUAUAGAUAUAUAUUAAAAAUAAAACCACCGUAUGGACCACAGGGAGUUUAGUUUUUGCUGUUGAAGUCUCAGCUUCUCCUCCUUCCACUUCACCAUCACCACCCGUUUCCUAGGAAACCGUCACGUCAGCCUGUGUGUGUGUGUGAGUGCACGCAGACACCUGUUACCUAUGGAUACCAGCGUGUCCGCUGCACCGUCACUGUGAAGCUUUCCGGUUUAAAAUGAAAAAGGGUUCCCCCCCCGUGUUCCGUUUCCCCGCCGCUGCUCGCCCGCGUCACCGAAACUCACAAGUGUAGCAGAGAGGGGGAGGGGGUGAGUGAGGGAGGGAGGGAGGGGAGUGUGAUCGGUUGGGUUAUGAAUUACCGUUGAAUGCACUUUGACGUGAGAUUGUUUGGGGAUUUUCACGAGCAAAUCAAACUAAAAGAAAGAAAAGAAAUCGCCUGCAUUCCAUCCAUUCGAAUGUCACGUUUUCACAACGCCCCGCCCACCUCAGCUCACGCCGGCCCCCUUGCCGCCGUUGAGUCUCACUGUAGCUGACUGAGUGUAAAACUCUGGAUUUAAAGAAAGACACAAACCGUUCUCUCUGGUUUUAAACACUGUAUUUCAGAGCUGUUUGUUUUUGUUGUGUGUUUUUUUUUUCCCCGAUUAUGAUAUAAAAACAUUCUGUCACCGUUCAUGUGGCACUGCCCCCCCCCCCCCCCACCACCUCACUCACUCACACUCACUCUCUCUCACACACACACACGUGCGGUCGAUCCGUGUUGCUGACGGUCGUAAUGAUCGCGAUGACUGACCGUCUCCAGCGUGACGGAGCGUCUGCAGCACACGACUGUUUUCAGAGAUGAUUUUUUUGACUUGAAUUGUAAACAAAGACCAGGCCUCGUCAGCCUCCUUUUUUAUUUUUUUUAAUUUUUUUUUUUUCCUCGUGUUCGUGAAUUAUGAGCCAUAUUUGUUGAUUUCCAGGCCUGGUGUGUUUUUAACAGCCCUGGACUCUCACUGGAGCAGAUUUCAGUCCCUCCCUGUGUCUCAAGUGCCACACACAAUAACCGUGAGCUCAGACCUCCUUCUUCAGCCCCUCCCCCGCCAGGUAGACUUAACGCGACACAUAUCAUCGUCCGUUACUGCGCGGAGCCGGGUAAAGGAAGGCAGGGAUGGGGUGUCCGUGGUGUGUGUGUGUGUGUGAGAGAGAAGGAGGGGGCCAGGGCCGGACUCUUUAUUGUCCAGGGCAGCUAAAAUCCCUCCAGCCCCCUCUUUCUUUCUGGACUCAUUCAUCAACAACAACAACAACGACGCCUCCCCCCCCUGACCAGAAGCCCUCAAUCCUCCCGUGGCAGUAAAUGGAACAAACAAUAAAAUAAACAAACCAGCACACACGCUUGGCAUGCUCAAGCUGCACUAGAGAGGGCCGGGGGGGGGGGGGCGGGGCUAGUGGGAGACGACGAUGAAGAAGAAGAAGAAGGGUACUCGUCCGUUGUUUUCUGUUCAUCUCAGUGGAUUUGCUCUGCACUUGAUUAUGGAGGUUUUUUUUUGAGUAGCAACUGUUUACAUGCAUAUGGGAGGCGGGGGUGGCGCAGAGUGGGCGGAGCGUCGCUCAGACCGGCCGCCACCACUGCCUCACUUCUCGUCAAAAACCUAUGAGUGUUCAUAAGCUCCUCCUCCACAGAGCGGCUGCCGUUUGCCGACGCACUGCAACCUCGUCUUUAACCCCCCCCCCUCCUCCUCCCUCCCCCUUUCUUUUCACAUUUUUUUAAAGUCCAAAUUAUCAGACUUUUUUCUUUUUUUUUAAAUCUUACUUUUAUUUAGAAAAACAAAACAAAACAAAAAAAUCUUUAAAAAAAAUCCCUGCCACCAUAACGGACGACAACGGUCUUUCACAAACACUGAUGGUUUUUAAUGGCGUCCAUUCAGCCGGUGCACACGCGGGUGACACAGUUGUCGUGAGCGUGCUUGUAGGAGUCACACAAAAAGCACACAAAAUGCACUAAAUAUAUCAAGUUGAAGUCGCGUGACUCGUGUGUUUUCGUUUUGUUCUUUGAGACGUGAGAGAAGUCUCUCCUGGAAUGUAUUUGCCAAACUCAGGCCUCGGACAUUCAAUAAAAACCCUCAUUGGAAAGACAGCGUUGUGCAUGUUUUUAAAGACAUGAUUCUGGGGGAAGGGAACAGCAGUUUUGUCGUCGUCGUCGUCGGUUAGUUGAAUUAUUGCCACUUUCACAUUGACGGUGUUUUACAUAUUUGUAGAAUGUAUUGUGACUGUGCGAGAACAUGGUAGAGUGCAUAACAUUACACAUGGGAAGUGCCAAUAAUUGCUAUUCUGAGGUGUUCUUCUUCUUCUUCUUCUGGUGUUUUCCUCCUUUUUUUGUUUAUUCUUGUGAUUCAUCAUCCAGUGAAGCCAUUUGUGAUGGGAGUGUUGGCAAGGACCAAAGUUGUUUUGGUAGAAAAAAAAAAAGUUUCCAUGAUCUGUAAGUGUAGACGUAUCCUUUGUUUGUUUUUUUGUUUUUCAGUUUUUAUUUCUUUUCUUUUUUCUAUUUACUUACAAAAAACCCGAAAAAACGAGACAAAAAAAAAUAAAUAUCCGAGCUUACCCAAGAAGAGCGGCUGUCUAUCUCGUGAUCUCAUGUCAGUACAUCUUUAUCGUGUUCAGUUUAUUUCCCCCUCGGGUAUGUUGUUGAUGAACUGCUGUAAAUUUGUACAGUUCAUGUAAAUUGAUUGUGCGGAAGUUGUACAGAUUUCUAUAUUUUGGAAGAAAAAGUUCUUUUUUUCUCUGUAAUAAAAGAUUUCCUAUCUUGGCAUCAUA